AUGCGCAGAGGGAUAACGACCCACCUAUCGCUGCACUCCGGGCCCUCUGAUCUUUUGGGGUCGUUUCUCUUGCGCGUCCCGUCCGCGCUCUUGCAGCCCUUUGGCCAGCGGCUGGUGUACAGAUCCCCGAAGACUUUCCCUCCAUCUUUUCAUACCUGGAUGGGGUGGGGGUUGAAGCUUGUUGGUGUGUGGGAUAGCGAGAACGUGUGGGAAGGGCUUACCGCGUUGCUAUCAUACUGUGGCUCUCUCAACAAGCCUUCGGAGCUCAGAAGCGUUGAGGGGGUUGUGGACCAGCGUGUCGGUCGUUUGCCUGUGAUGGGGUAUAACAGUAAGGUCGACUACCAUUGUUGUGACAUCAACGAGGGCAUCAUUCUCGAAACUGCACAUCUCAUGAAGUCUCUCGGUCUGGCAGACAUUGGGUACAACUACAUCAAUAUCGAUGGCUGUUAUUCCGAGAAAAACCGGAGUGAAUCAGGGGACAUCGUUGCUGAUCAUGUCCGCUUUCCGUCUGGAAUGCAUAACUUAACGACUCAGAUCCAUAACCUAGGAUUAAAGACCGGAAUUUAUAGCGACUCGGGUUGGUUCACCUGUCAACUGUACCCCGGCUCGUUCCAAAACGAAGAAAGAGAUGCCAAGUUGUUCCAAGACUGGGGAUUCGAUCUCCUGAAAUACGACAAUUGUGCCAUUCCUUUCGAUGAAAUUCUCAAGGAAGGCAUCGUUGGAAAGUACAAACGUAUGGCUGAUGCAAUUGCUGAUCUCACCAAAACGUCCGGGAGAGCACCAUUCGUCUUCUCUCUGUGUGAAUGGGGAGAGGAACAACCGUGGUUAUGGGCUAGACGUUACGGUCAGAGCUGGAGGACAACAGGGGACAUUGAACCCAACUGGCGCUCUGUUAUGAGUAUUUUGAACCAGAAUUCAUUUAUUACAUGGGCUUCGGACUUUUAUGGGCACAAUGAUUUGGAUAUACUGGAAGUUGGAAAUGGUGAUUUGACUUAUGAUGAAGCCAAAUCGCAUUUUACGGCUUGGGCCCUGUUGAAAUCGCCUUUGCUCAUCAGCACUGACCUGCCGACUGUGACUGACGAAACUCUCGAAAUACUAUCCAACAGAGAACUCAUUGCAAUCAACCAGGAUCAAGUUAUUGGCACAAGCAUCAGCCCAUUCCGGUGGGGCGUGAACCCCGAUUGGACGAGCAACUCUACUCAUCCCGCACAAUAUUGGAGCGGGGAGAGUGAGAACGGGACAGUUAUUAUGCUGCUCAACACCUUGGAUGAGCCAGCUGAUAUGUUCUUCAAUCUGACCGAAUCACCGUGGAUAAGGGCCGGCCGGCAAUACUCAGUGCGCGAUCUGUGGACACACACAGAUAAUGGGACGGCUGCCCGGAACUUUACUGCUCAUGAGGUGCCCCCACACGGUGUCGUUGCAUUGCUCCUGCAAGAUGCAGGCGACGAACCGAUUGGCAUAUAUCCACCUUGUGCCCGGACGUGGUGGUGUAUGAGCGAAAACGGAACGAAGUACUACGAUGAAUGA